AUGAAUGGCCAAACAUUCUUAGUUAAAUUGGAUGAUGAAGAAAAAACAAUAAAAUCAAAAGCAGAGACUUACAAUGAAUAUAUUAAUGCAAAUGAUAAUCGAUUAACUGAAGAAGUUCGUACUGAUAUUAAUGCGGUUAUUGGUGAAGUUAAUUUAUUAUUAAGAGGUAAAUUGAAACAAUUUCGUGGUUUAUGUCAAGCAAAUGUGACAAAAUUAACUGAUGGAGAACCGAUUCCACUUGAUAGUGAUCUUGAAGGUUUUUGGGAUAUAACCUACCCAUUGAUUGAUAAAGUUAAAGAAAAGUUUACUAAACUUGAUGCACGACAAGCUAAACAAUGGGCACCAAUUGAAGAAUAUGAUCCAAAUGAUAUUAAUAAUCGUCCUCGUAUAAUUGAUGAUCGUCUUAAACAACUUCAACCUCAACAAAAUAAAUCAUCAAAAAUUCCGAUACCAAAAGCUGCAAAUGAUGAUUUAAAAAAAUUAAUUCAAGAACGACGCAAAGCAGCUGCUAAUUCGACAAAUCAAAAUCAUGAUAUUGAAAUAUUUGUUGCACCGAAAUAA